UCUCUCCCCUCCAUCUCUCUCUCUGUCUCUGUCUCUCCCCUCCAUCUCUCUCGCUGUCUCUCUCUGUCUCCUCACCCUUCCAUCCUCCAGUAUGAUGAUGAGGAGAGAUCGUCUGCUCCUAGCUGUGACCCUCACAGCCAUUUUUGCCGCUGACCUCUACUUCGUCCUGGUCCCCAAGCUCCGCCACAGACAACCAGGACCAGCGGAUGGAGGCUGCCUCUGUCCCUCCUCCAGGGGGACUAACUUCACCCUUGCUGUGUACAGUGGCCUCACCACCCCCUGGUUCUCCAACACCACCUCCGUAGACCUCCAGGGUAAGGGGGUCGAAGCUACGGACGACUCCACAGAUUGGGGCUCGAAGCUGGGGAGGCUGUUUGCUCACCCCCUGUAUAACAUUCAGACACCGGAGCUCGGGCUGGAAGAGAGACUGAUGCAGUCUGAAGAGCUAAUGGAGUAUUACAGGAGGAAGGUCUCGCGCUGGGAGAGGCAUAUGAAGCUGUACAGCAAGGCUGCGGCAGCCCUCAACGUGACAAUGCUGGAACACCAGGUGACCUUUGACCCUGAGGCCAGCUGGCUGAAGUUCCACCUGGGCAUCAACCGCUAUGCCCUGUACGCCCGUGACAACCCCGCCAUCACCCGCCUGCUACAAGACAUGCAGGCCACCACUGUCAUCAGCGCAGAUUACACUCAAGAUGAAAAGGCCCUCAAAGGAGCGUGUGACUGUACCCAGGUGGUAAAGCCCAGUGGACACCACCUCAAGCUGGCCCUGAAGAUGCAGAACUUUGGCAAGGCCAUGUUCAAACCCAUGAGACAGCAGAGAGACCAGGAGACUCCUGAUGAUGUGUUCUACUUUGUCGACUUCCAGAGACACAACGCUGAGAUUGCUGCUUUUCACCUGGACAGAAUCCUGGACUUCCGGAGGGUACCGCCGGUGGUGGGCAGGCUGGUGAACGUAACGGGGGAGAUUCUCCUGACCACUCACAACGAGGACCUAAGGAGUGUGUUCUUUACCUCUCCAGCGAACAACACCUGUUUCUUUGCCAAGUGUCUGUACGUGUGUAAGACAGAGUACGCUGUGUGUGGGAACCCUGACCUGCUGGAGGGCUCCAUGUCUGCCUACCUCCCCGGUCUCAGCAUCGCCCCUCGCAUCUCCAUCCCCAACCCCUGGAUACGAUCAUACACCUUCACUGGCAGGGAGGAGUGGGAGGUGAACCCCUUCUACUGUGACACCAUAAAGCAGCUGUAUCCCUACAACUCAGGGAACAGGUUGCUCAACAUCAUAGACAUGGCCAUCUUUGACUUCCUCAUUGGUAACAUGGAUAGGCAUCAUUAUGAGAUCUUCACUAAGUUUGGCGAUGAAGGUUUCCUUCUUCACUUUGACAACGCCAAAGGGUUUGGGAAGCAUUCUCAUGAUGAGAUGUCCAUACUGGCUCCACUGUCACAGUGCUGCAUUAUAAAGCAUUCCACGUUGCUGCGGCUGCAGCUCCUCUCACAGGACCACUAUAGGCUCAGUGACGUGAUGAGGGAAUCCCUGGGAGGAGACGCACUGCAGCCGGUUCUCGCUGAGCCCCACCUGCAGGCCCUAGACCGCCGGCUGCACCGCGUCCUGAAGACAGUCCACAGGUGUUUCCGCAGGCUGGGAGAAGCUCAGGCAUUGCACCCUCUCUGGAGAUCCCCUCUGCCUUGCAGUGCAUUGAAAUGGACCUACAGUAUGACUGCAUCCAAUGAGCCAAAUUACUGUGGAAGAAGCACUGGAUAAUAUCCACAUUAGACUGUGAAUAGGUGUCUGUCUGACUGUCUCAUCAGGAAGUGUCCGUCUGUCUCAUCAGGUGACUGUCUGUCUGUCUGUCUCAUCAGGAGGUGUCCGUCUGACUGUCUGCCUCAACAGGAGGUAUCUGUAUGUCUGUCUCAUCAGGAGGUGGCCGUCUGACUGUCUCAUCAGGAUGUGUCAGCCCUUUAAGUGCUUUCACAACACCAAGCCAACCAUAACACACCCUGACGUAGAUACCCCCUCAUCACAGCUACAGUACUGUAUGAGGACGUGCAACUUAUCAUGUCACCACCAGCUAUACUUUGUUCUAACUAGUCUGAAUCAAAGCUUUGUCUUCAAAUAACGUUCUGUUGGAUGCCAUUUCAUCUCAACAUGUCUGGACCUUUUGCUCUGAGCUGUUCUCAUUGUUGUCCUGACUACAAAUCCAUGGCAUCCUGAUGUUUUAGAAGAGAGGGAGAAAAACCACUACUAUUUUAAAGAGUAAAGUGAAAUCACCCCAAAUGAAGUUUGGAUUCUGUCCAACACUACUGGAUGGAGCUUAUGUUUGGCCGUUUUAUAAGGUGUCAGCAACAAUAAAGGCUCUGUGACUGAUCUUAACUACA